AUACCCUCCCAGUCGGCCUCGGGAGCUCUGUCCUCCGACCCAGAAAUAGCCCCUUCAGUCAGCAGUCCUGGAAGCAGCCCUUAGCCCAGAGCCCUAAGAAGUAUGGGCGCCGAGCGGGGCCCAGGGCCGCCACACGCCGCCUCCCCCACGGCCACGCAUGGCUCACCGUGCUGCUCGGCUCUGCUGCAGAGCCCGGGAGCGGGGAGGAAGCAAGCAAACAGAAAAUCCAGUCACUGUCCCGGAGCGUGGGGGACAGAAGCUGGGGGACGGGGAAGGCAAGGCCCCGGCCGGACGGCUGAAUGCUCACUGCUCCCGUGACUGUUCUCGGAGCUUCUGCUCGGCACCCGGCGGCACACCAGGUCGGGAGGCGCCUUCGAAGGCCAACGGGCCUGACACAGAGGCCGGCGGGCAGUGCUCUCUCCUUCCGGGAGGCCUAGAAACCCCAACACCGUAGUGAUUUGAUUCGGGGAAGUGGAGCCUGACUAGGAAAGGGGGACAUCCUCGGAAAAGCAAGGAAACCGACGUCAUUUCCUCAGGUCUGUUGGUAGCUGCCUCCCGCUUUGCACAUUUCUGCCAACGAGCCCGGAGAGGAGCGCCUGCCGUUCGAAUGAUGCCUGAAGUGUGCCAGGCCGGCUCUGUAUUGAAGGUAACCUGGGUGAGCUUGUCUGCGGGGAAGCUAAGUGUGCCUGCUGUACACACGCACACGCACGCACACACACACAUGCGCACACACACGCACGCACACACACUCUACCCUCACUCAGUCCCUACCUCCUAGAUCUAGCUCCCCACCGCAGAUGUGAAAACCAGCACAUGGCCAGGCUGUCAGUGGGCACAUGAGGGCUUUUGUUCCCCAGGAUCAGCUCCCGGACCACAGUCAAGGUGACUGUGGAGCCCUGUGGCCUCAGCAAGACCCUUCACCUCCAGAUGUCUCCGUGUUUGCCUUGCAACUGGGGGCUCAUCAGUCCAGCAGCUGUGAGCAUCUGAAGAGCUAAUGUUUCUAAAACAACACAGAGCAGCUGCUCGAUAAAGGACGGAAAGCAAUUGCGAGGCACGAUCUUGGAGACGUCGCGGGUUUAAUACGUGCCUGCAGGUCGGCCCAUGCACUCAGCUCCCGUCACUAACUCCGCUUCCCCGGGAAAGGCCUUCGAUUCAUGCAGACGACCCAUUCCCAGGCCAGGGCCACCGCACAUGCCCACGGCCACGCGCCUCCCUCGAGGCCCAGCCUCCCGCCCUCUUGGAACUUUGGGGUUCAUUUCGUGACUUGGACCCGCAGACUUGAGCUCCUAUUUGGAGGGGUGGACUGUCAGCUUCGAGACCCAGUGUCACGUUACAGAAAUCACAGGCUUGUUCCUGAGCCACUGUGGGUAGAAUUAAAUAGUCAGCAAGACUGCAGGGUUAAAAGUCAAGAAAGCAAUUUUUUAAAAAACUGAUCUCAACUCAUUCUGUAAUAUUUCCUAUUUACAUUGAAGAAAUGUCAAUUCUUGGCUUCAGGCCUCACGAGAGACCAAGGAUUGAAUGAUGCUUAUGAGACAGAUAUAAAUCUUUGAUAAGACAAUAACUGCAGAGAGGGACAUGCCUGGAAACGUUAAGUGGGUUCGAUUCGGUCACAGCUCUCUCCUGCGGCCCUGACUUGACUCACAAACAUCUGGAUGUCCUGCUCAAUCACGUUCCCUGUAUCUGGUGAGGAGGGUGGCCUGUGUGUGACGCGGGCACUUUGCGUCUGGGCCUCUUGGGCACCAUGGGUAAGAGCAGUCAGAAGUGUGCUAAUUGUUCUUUUAUUUGUACUUUGGUCCCCAAAGCUUAAACACUCAGUUGGCAUUUGUCUUCGUGCCGGAUGUAGCCGUGGCUGUACCCAAAGGCACCGAUUCUGUCUACAGCUUCCCUGCCCGCACAGCCACGUGCAUCACAGACCAGGUCACCUGCUGAGCAUCCCAGUGGCAUCUAGGAAUCAAGGCAAGAGCCCAGGGCAAGAACUGGACAUAAGGAAGGACUGCCAAGCCUUGGCCAGACUCUCGACCUCUUUGUCAGUUUCUCAAACUGUACCCAGGAUCUCGGGUUUGGGAACGAGACUGGUAAGAAGUCCUACUCUGGGGCAGAACGUGAAAUUGGGACAAGACUUAGGAGUUGGGCAGCGAUUCUGAUGAUGAUGCCUUCAGGCAAAGAACCACGUGGAGGGACACAGGUCAGGGCAGGGGACCUGUGGGUCUAACUCGCAAGAGUCUACAAAUUGAGGUGUCAUCAAACUGUUCAAGUCGUGAGGUUCAACCUGCUGCAAAGUGUCAGAACUGUGAAGUUCAACCACCUUUAUGAUUUAUUAAUGACCACUGAUGGCUGGGACCAAAACACAGAUGGAAGAGAACAAGUGACCAGUGGAUGGACUUGUCUAGCGUGAGGCUCAAAAGCACUUCGUUCUUUUUUCUCCCUCCCUGGGAGAGCCAUUAGAUGUCCUUCAGUUUUCCGGUGGGAAGCAGAGAGAGGACUCUGCUGUGACAUGUGUCCUGGCAGCCAGGGCCCAGGCCUCACAAGCCUGAGGUGCCCGGCAUUGGUGGCUGAAGCCGUGGACUUUUGAUAGCCAUCACACUCCUCACAAUUACGAAUACAUUCCUUCCCCUCCGAACCUGGGAGAAUGGGGCCCAGCCCUCCCCACCGCCCAGCUAAUUGCUGAGAGAGCUGCCAGGGUCCUGCCCGGGACAGAAAACAGAGAGUGGGGAGCCCCUCGGGGAAGGCUGGAAGGGGUUCCGAUAAUCGACAGCACAGCCCUCAUCAAUCUCAGAUCCUCAUCGGUCUGUGGCCUAUUAAGCUCUCCCUGUCUGUCAAUAACCCAUUAUUGCUCUCUUGCUGAGCUCUCUGAGGCUAGCUUCCAUUUGGCCAGAGAAAAAUAAUGAUUGUUUGUUUAUUAGUUGGGAGGAGAUGUCCAGCCACAAACGUGCAUUGGGCCAAAGCCAGUUUCUGUCGAGCUCUCCCGUGGCCCAAGCCCUCCCUGCUAGAACCCUGUACUGGUGGAUCCAGAGGCUGAAAUCUGUCCCGAGCAGGUGGCUCAGGGGUUACCAGGAUCUAUGGAUCUUUCCACACAGCCAAGAGCACACCAGCAGCCCUGACUCAUUCCUUAGCCGCUGCUAGGUAGGUGGGGUGCCGCCAUGCCACACAAGGUAAUAUGACAAAGGGACCCAGGCUGGUCUGGCCAUGGCCUGGAGCCUUUCCCGCUUAGCUCUGGGAGGUCUCGGCUGGAAGCUGCCGGCUGAGGGUCUGGCAACCAUUCGGAGUUAGGGUCACCAGGGCUGGGCUGGGCUGGGCGUGAGCAACCACUUCCCGUUUCCCUCUGCUGGCCCUCUGCCCCCAGCCUCUCUCCACCGCCUCCCUCAGCAAGGUCAUACUGACGGGGUGCAAAGCCCAGUUCUGCCACUUAUGAGCGGUGAGAUCUCGGCAAAUUGUUUGACUCCUCUGAGCCUCGAGGGGCUCCUCUAAUAAACAGGAAUCUUGCGACUGUGCCACGGGAUCGACAUGAGAUGACAUAUGAUGUCGACCAUCUUACCAUUGUUCUGAGGACAUUAGCAUCCCUCACCACCCCCAGCAUUGGUGCAUCCUGUUCUGGAGGAUCAGUAGGAGUUCAGAGCUCGGUUCCAUGUCGCCUUCACUCCAGGACCAAGGCUGACGGACAGCAGUCCCACCCGGCCGAGGAAGAGGCAAUGGUGGGAGCUGUCACGGGGCGCUUCAGGCAUCUGCUUGGACCCAGCACACGUCGUUUCCACUACAUUUCGCUGCCUGAGGGACCAGCCUGCCUCAGUGCAGCAGAAGUCAGAACCCUCCCUCAGGGAUGGGCCAUGAAUGUCUUGACAAUACGUACUCUGCCCCAUAAUAAAGCCUUACACCUGGGCUUCACAACUCUAGUCCACCCCUCUUGCUCUACAUGUGUGGGGAAGAAAGCCCAGAGACGGGAGGCGAUGUGCCUGACGUCACACAGCAGUCAGGGGAAGACAAGCAUGCGGAUGACCUUCCAGUUCAACGGGAGCAGGACCCGAAUAGACCCCUAGCUCUGUCGUUCUAGGCAAAUCCUUUCCGGCCUGAGCUUUGGCUCGCCUUUCUGGAAUAUGGGGGGAUAGCGUCGACUUCCCGGCAGGGACGUUUGGAGGGAUGAGUAAGACUUCGUAAGGUACCACACUCAGUGUCUGACACAGAGGAGCCUCUUAAUACACAUCUGUUCCCGUGUCUUCCCUCCGUGUCAACAGCCCCAAACUCCUUCACCUCAUCCCCCUAUGCUCUCUGCCUCCAAGUCCGCCUCUUCUUCAUUUAGAAGUCGAGAGCAACAGAAAUUUU